AUGAAGAGUUUUAUAGAGGAAAAACGUCAGAGUGUUUUUUCAUCCUCCGGUGCAAUUUGCGAUAGAGACAGCAAAGAAUUUCCCGGUGAUGUCGCCGCUGAAGUCUUGGGUCUCCUUUACUGCCCUCAUGGCGUACUCCCACUCAUACCUCCGAUUUGCAAAAGGGACCAAGAGCCUAGGCUAUCCUCCUGUCAAUCAGUAUGCGCAUGCGAUACGUCCGGAUUUGUGUCGUGUGUCGGGAAAAGUUUGGACUCUGUACCGUCUGAUCUCCCGGAGAACCUAAUCAGUUUAAAUAUUGCAAAUAAUCAGUUGACGCAUCUACCGAAAAACGCCUUUUCAAGAUAUUCUAGUCUGCGAAAACUCAACCUUGAAGAGAACAAGAUAACAAAUGUAUCACCGUGGGCAUUUUCUGGACUGCAUCGAUUGUCCUCCUUGUAUCUCACUGGUAAUCAAAUUCAGAGUUUCCCUCGGAACGCAUUCAAAGGCCUGUCUUCAUUAACCAUAUUAAAUCUUCAAAAGAAUAACAUUUCCUGUAUCGAUGGGGAGUUUUUUGAUGGUCUCACGAAUCUCAGAAUUCUUCACUUAUCAGAGAACGCCAUCGACACUAUCGAAGAGGAUGCCUUCAAAAGUUUGAAACAGCUUAGAUACUUAUAUCUCAUUAAUAACAAACUUAAUUGCGAUUGCUCUCUGAAUUGGUUACCCGAAUUCCUCAAACAAAACGAAGCAGGGGGAAGUCAAUGGACUACUUGCCAUAUGCCCACCAGCUUAAAAGGGCAAUAUGUGCGGGAUAUUAAACUUCAACCCUGUGUAUCCGCAGAGAGGAAGCGUCACUGCAAAAGAGACGCGGAUUUACAGCACCAAUCUAUCCCGCAACAGGACUUGGAUAUGGCUCAAAAUUGUCCCAAGGCCUGCACAUGCUCUCGAUUCCCCAAUCGAGUGCAAAGAUCGGCUGACGACGUGAUCACCUUCACAGCCCUGCGUCCUAGGGUUGCGGAAAUCGUGGAACCAAGUCUCAAGGUCACUUGCACGAAUGCUGGUCUGACUUCUGUCCCGAUUGGAAUUCCCGAAAACACAAAAGAAUUGUAUUUGGAUCACAAUUCGAUAGGGGAGGUGAAUCACGAAAGUUUUGCGCACUUGAAGAAAUUGGAGGUCCUAUCCCUUCACCACAACCAACUUUCAUAUCUUCACAAUGGGACAUUUGCCGCACUUCCGAGGCUUAAAGUAUUGCAACUCCAUUCCAAUCGAAUCCAAUGCAUCGGAAGUUCGGCAUUCGACAUCGAAUCACUGAAACUUGUGAGUUUUGAUGAUAAUCCAUUCAAAUGCGGUCCGCAAAUGUCGUGGUUGGGCGACUGGAUGCAGCUGAAUCAGGCACUUGUGAUGGCUUCACCCUCUGUUCCUGCCUGCGCCAGUCCUGCCCAUCUCAAGGGAUCACCUCUUGUGAGUCUCUCUGCUGGAGAUUUUUACCAUUCCAAUGGGAACUCGACAGAGGCAUCCUGCGAAAGCGAUUUCUGCUCCAAUGGAGAAGUUGGGGCAAAGUCGCACUGUCCAGACCCAUGUGCAUGCAAAAACCAACGGGUUGAUUGUUCAGGAAGGGCUCUGAAAGAAAUUCCGAAGGACUUACCCUCCGAAACGAGGGAUUUGUUCUUGGAGCACAAUGCGAUAAAAUCGAUUGAUUCCGAACGUCUUCGACACCUGAAGAGUCUUGAGACGCUGCUUCUCAGCCACAACAAAAUUCUCGAAAUUACCCCUGAUGCUUUCAAGGAUCUGUCUAACCUCAAAUCACUGGUGUUGAGCGGUAACGGAUUAAGAUGCAUACACCCCGACGCUUUUAGCGGAUUGAAACAGCUUAAAGUUUUAAUAUUACAAAACAAUGACAUUUCGAUAUUGGCGAACGGAACUUUCCGGGAAUUGGAACAGAUGAAUAAUUUAGCAUUGGGUCAAAAUCCUCUCCAUUGUGACUGCAAUUUGCGCUGGCUGCACGACUACUUCAGACUCAAGUCUCUUGACAAUGGUGUCUCGAUUUGCGCCAGUCCCGAGCGGAUGAAAUUCAAAUCAAUAUUUCACUCAACUCCAAAGGAUUUUUUAUGCUUAGUAGAGUCACCUGACAUUAUCACCAAAUGCAGUCCCUGCGCCCGCAAUCCUUGUCUAAAUGGAGGUGGAUGCGGGACUAUCAGUGGUGUGGAAUUCAACUGCACUUGCGAAAUGCCGUUUUAUGGAGAUCGGUGUGAGAAGAAAGUAGAUGCCUGCUUUAAAAAACCAUGUAAAAAUGGUGGUACUUGUGAUGUGACUGAUGAUCUUGGUCACUACAGGUGUAAAUGUCCAACAGGGUUCACAGGCUUGGAUUGUGAAUUAAACGUUGACGACUGCAAAAAUGUUACAUGCGAAAAUGGUGGUGUUUGCAUUGACGGCGUCAACAAUUACAUUUGCGAAUGCGCUCCCGGAUUUCGAGGCGAGCAUUGUGAAAACGAGUUUCAGUACUGUGUUGAUGAAAACCCUUGCCAAAACGAUGGGGUCUGUGUGAUACAAAAACCUACGGGCUUUAAGUGCGUAUGUCCUGACGGUUGGGGCGGGAACGACUGCUCGAAGAAUUUGGAUGACUGCGAGUACAAUAAGUGCCAGAAUGGUGGCGCUUGCGUCGAUCAGAUUGGUGGUUACACUUGUGACUGUCUGCAUGGAUUUACGGGCAGGUAUUGUGAAGUUGCGCUGCCUUCCCAGAUAACUGCUAUGCAGAAUUCGGCAUCAUUUGGUUGUGCCUACAAUCGCUGUCUGAAUGCGGCGACCUGUCAGCCUGAUAUCUCGCCGAUUGGAUAUCGCUGUCUCUGUCCUUUUGGUUAUGGCGGAACCUUCUGCGAGAAAGUGUUCUCCCUCACUAUCGCAUCAACAGACGUCCAUGUUGCAGUGCCGUCACCCAGUCGUGGAUGUUUCCUUCCACGAGGAAACAUCAGUCUUACUUUCUCUACCAGCCAUCAACAAGGAAUUCUGUUCUUCUUCUCCGAGAUGAUAAAUAAAACCCUAUUGCUCCGCCGAUUCCUGAUCGCAGAACUACAUCAGGGUCACGUGAAGAUAAGUUUCGCUAUUGAUGCCGGGGAAGUGGGGACCGCUUACUCUAUGUCAAUGUUGGCUGACAAUAAGUUGCAUCGACUCGACGUUGUCGUUGUCACCUAUCGAGUAGAGAUGUAUGUAGAUGGAAGUAGAAACGCCCUAACUCAAUCAAUUGUGUCGACAUUGAACCCCUCAAAAUUCAAGCCUCGCGCUCUGAUUUCAGCAGCUCCCAUUUAUUUGGGCGGUGCACCAAAACGUCUAUUAAAAUCUGCCAGUCGUGCUGGAGUGAUUGGGGCCACGUCUGGUGUCGUUGCUUGCAUUGAAUCCUUAUACAUCAACGACAAAGCGAUGGAGUUCUCUCAAGCCCUAAGGAGCUCUAGCAGUUUAAAACCCGGAUGUGAACCACCUACAAGUUCCAGAAAUAGCCUCACAAUCAAACCUAAUUUCAAGGUUCUUCAUCCUCGGAGUAAAAUGGAAUUGAUUGGACAGCACGACGCAGCCAUUGUGAAAGACUCCGUGAUCGCAAGUGACUGCAGAAGCAGAGAGCUGGCAUGUCUCAAUGGAGGUAUCUGCAACCCUGAAUAUGGAGGCAACGAUCAAGGCCAACAAUGGACCUCAACGACAUUGCAACAUGUUUGCCGAUGUCCUAGUGGAUUUGAGGGGGUUAAGUGUGAGACGCCAAUCUUCUGCAAACGCCAUUCCCGGUACUCCUAUAUAUACGAUCCAGACACAGGCUGCAUUUCAACUAGGCGAAUUGUGAUUCGUUCCUGUUCCGGCUCCUGUCAAGGUGCAGCCGGCACUUCAUUGAUGUGGCAGCUAGAGCAGCAGCAGCGGAAACGCCGAUGGCGUAAAAAGGCACGGCGAAGAGUUCGUCGACACAGAAGUCAGUGGACUUCAUUAUCACCCCCAUUGAUGCCUAAACUAAGUCGUAUGCCUCGAAGUGUUACGGAAAAUACUGGAACAUGCUGUCAGCCGAUGCGUUUUAAACAGAAAAGCGUACAGUUCCAAUGUCCAAAGAAUGGUAGUGGGAACCGUGUCUACUCUCGGUGGUUCCAUUUCGUUCGGAAGUGUGGAUGCGCCACCAAUUGUCACAAUCGCGACGGCAGUACUACUGACGGUAUAGCCACUGAUGCAUUUUGA